GAUAUCAUGGAGCGCUGGCAGAAUCGUGUUGCGGUCGUAACGGGCGCCAGUUCGGGCAUCGGAGCUGCUUGUGCCAAGCUGCUGGUGGCCGCCGGUUUGCAGGUUGUUGGCCUUGCGCGUCGCACCGAGCGUCUGGAGCAGCUGCGUCAAUCACUGCCCACGGAUCAGCGUCAGCGCUUCCAUCAACGCAGCUGCGAUGUCUCUGCCGAGGCGCAGGUAAACAGCGCCUUCGAGUGGAUCGAACAACAGCUGGGCGGCAUCGAUGUGCUGAUCAACAAUGCGGGCAUCCUGCGCGAUGGCCAUUUGCUGGACAUGCCUAUCAAAGAUAUCAGCGAUGUGCUCCAGACCAAUCUGAUGGGCAGCAUCUACUGUACCAAACUGGCGGCCAACAGCAUGCGCCGCCGCCAGAUGGCCGGCCAUCUGUUCUUCAUCAACAGCACCGCCGGCCUGGCUGGCUAUAAUCCCGGACCGGACGAUCCCAGCCUGAAUGUAUACACGCCCAGCAAGUUUGCGCUGACCGCAGUGCAUGAGAUUUGCCGACAGGAGUUAAUCACACAGAAAUUGAAAAUCAAGACCACGAGCAUUAAUCCCGGCUGGGUAUCCACUGAGAUAGUGCCCGACGAAACCAAAACGCAGCUGGGCGAUGUAAUAUUACAGGCCGACGAUGUGGCCCAUGCGGUGCUCUACGCUCUCUCCACGCCGCCACAUGCCCAGGUGCAGGAGAUAACGCUUCGGGCUGUUGGAGAAUGGUACUGAUAAGCGCUAUGAAGUACGCACGUGUUUUUAGUUGUUGUAGUUGGUUGCUAUUGCUGCUGUUGUUGUUGUUGUUGUUGUUGUUGUUGUUGUUGUUUUGUUGAGGGAAUGUAUUCAACACCUAAUAACAAUCAAAUGAACGCAACGACUCGGCGCACACGCACCCACACACAGCGCAGUACACGAACAUGCAGUUUAUUUGUACUGUGGGCCUUUGGUCUUUAUUCUCAAUUCAUUUUUUAUUGUAAUUGUUAUGAUUAUUGUUGUUGUUAUGACUGGCCGUUACAGUUUAACAACAACGCUAAAUAAAUAAUUCAGUUUUAUAAAUUAA